AUGAAUGAAGAGUACGACGUGAUUGUACUUGGUACCGGUUUAAAGGAAUGCAUCCUUAGCGGCAUGUUGUCAGUCAGUGGUCGCAAGGUACUCCAUAUGGACCGUAACAAAUACUAUGGUGGAGAAAGUGCAUCCUUGACCCCAUUGGAAUCGCUAUUUAGCAAAUUUGAACAAUCGGAUACCAAUGAGAAAUUUGGUCGUGGACGCGAUUGGAACGUUGAUUUAAUACCCAAGUUUAUAAUGGCAAACGGCCAACUUGUGAAGUUGCUCAUUCAUAGCGGUGUGACUCGCUAUUUAGAAUUCAAAGUAGUUGAAGGAAGUUUCGUAUACAAGGGUGGUAGCGUUUACAAGGUACCGGCUGAUGAAAAAGAAGCUCUAGCCACAAGCCUGAUGGGAUUAUUUGAGAAGAGAAGGUUCAGAAAAUUUUUAUUAUUCGUUAUGGAUUUUAAGCAGGAUGAUCCUUCCACUUGGCAAGGUACGAACCCUAAAUCAACGACCAUGAAUGAGGUAUAUAAGAAAUUCGGUUUAAGCUCCGGUACCGCCGAUUUUACGGGACAUGCGUUAGGAUUGCAUCUUGACGAUGAAUAUUUGAAUGCAGCUUGUGGUGAUACUAUUCAAAGAAUCAAACUUUAUUAUGAGUCCUUGUCUCAUUAUGGUAAAUCGCCUUAUCUUUAUCCUCUUUAUGGUCUUGGAGAACUUCCUCAAGGAUUUGCUAGAUUGAGCGCCAUCUAUGGUGGUACUUAUAUGCUGGAUAAACCGAUAGAAGAAUUAGUUAUGGAGAAUGGUGUUGUUGUGGGUGUUAAGUCUGAGGGAGAGGUUGCUAGAGCGAAAUGUGUUAUUUGUGACCCUUCGUAUUGCUCGAAUAGAGCUAAGAAAGUUGGUCAGGCUGUUCGAGCUAUCUGUUUACUUAAUCAUCCUAUCCCGAAAACUAACAACGCAUCUUCGUGCCAAAUUAUCAUUCCUCAAAACCAAGUUGGUCGCAAAUCUGACAUGUAUAUUUGCAGUGUGUCUUUUACACACAACGUUUGCUCCAAGGGGUGGUAUUUAGCUAUUGUGAGUACGACCGUUGAGACGGAUAACGCAGAAGCGGAGCUGAAACCUGCUUUGGAUCUUUUAGGGUCAAUCGAGAAAAAGUUUAUAGCUGUUAGUGACAUAUAUGAGCCAAGUGAUGAUGGACAAGAGAGCAAGGUUUUCAUAAGUAAAUCUUACGACGCCACAACGCACUUUGAAACAACAUGCAAUGACAUCGUGGAUAUGUAUCGUAGAGUAACUGGUUCAGAAUUUGAUUUUGCUAAAGUUCAGAAAGAUCUUGAGACUGUAGAGCAGUAGGUGGUAACACUUUCUCUAAAUGUUUUAAGUAAAUCUAAAAACGUCUUUGGCUUUGGCAAUGUAGUAAUGAUGAAUUUGUAAUUGCUUCGUGUGUUACACCGUUUACAGUGUUCAGUUAUCGGAAUACUACAUUAGUGUUCUUAUUAGCAAAGACGUACUUAGUAGCCGGCAUAUUAUACUAUUUGUGCAGAUCUUAAUCUUGCCUCUGCACACUGUGGUCUUUUUUCCCCUCUUUGUUCUUCACAUUGGCGCUAGAAAAUUGAAGUAUUAAAAUUCAAAAUAAGUGCCUGAGAUAAAAUUCUAGAAUAAUGCUUAUAUAGUUGCAUGUAGUUAUAUAGAUUUAACCUUUUAAGCAAUGAGGUGAUUUGUUAUAUAAUUAUUUGUAAAGCUGUAUGUUGAC